AUGGGCAUCAGAACUGUGGCUGUGCAUUCUGACGUUGACUCAGGAUCCCUCCACGUGAAACUAGCAGACGAGGCUGUUUGUGUAGGUCCGGCUCCCACAAGUGAAUCGUAUCUCCGUGCAGAUAAGAUUCUGGAAGCUGUGAAACAAACUGGCGCUCAAGCUGUUCAUCCUGGAUAUGGCUUUCUUUCUGAGAAUACGAAAUUUGCUGCUGAACUAGAAAAGAGUGGUGCGGUGUUCAUCGGUCCCAACUCAAAGGCUAUCCUUGACAUGGGAGACAAAAUCCACUCCAAGAAGAUCGCUACAGCCGCUAAGGUCAACAUGAUCCCUGGAUUUGAUGGCGAAAUAAAUGACGAGGAUAUGUGCAUUAAGGUUGCCAACGACAUUGGGUAUCCGGUUAUGAUCAAAGCUUCGGCAGGAGGUGGUGGAAAGGGAAUGCGUAUAGCUUGGAAUGACAAGGAGGCCCGUGAAGGAUUCAGGCUUUCCAAGCAAGAGGCGAAGUCUUCAUUUGGAGAUGAUCGUAUGCUCGUUGAGAAAUUUAUCGAUAAUCCUCGGCACAUCGAGAUGCAGGUGCUCUGUGAUAAACAUGGAAACGCCAUUUGGCUAAAUGAACGUGAAUGCUCUAUUCAACGUAGGAAUCAAAAGGUGAUUGAAGAGGCUCCAAGCAGUUUCGUUAUUCCGGAGAUGCGUCGCAAGAUGGGCGAACAAGCAUGUCAGCUUGCAUUAGCUGUGGGAUAUGAUUCUGCAGGAACAGUAGAAUUCCUGGUCGACUCGAAAAGAAACUUCUAUUUCUUAGAAAUGAACACACGUCUCCAGGUCGAACAUCCUAUCACUGAGUGCAUCACUGGAAUCGACAUUGUGCAACAAAUGUUACGUGUCGCUUACGGCCAUAAGCUUCCACUCACCCAAGACCAAGUUCCGUUGAACGGAUGGGCUUUUCGAGAGCAGAGUUUAUGCCGAGGUUCUUCACCGUUUUUUUUUCUUUAUUCUUUUGCGGAGUUUGAAGUUGUAGCUAUUUUAUCACAAAAGACCAAAUGA